CGCAGAUGGCUCUCAAACGGGUGCGCGACGUUGGGCGGCGGUGCCACAAUCACAUUUGCCGCCGCAAAGCAAGAUGGUGCUGGCGACGAUCGCAACGUUCGAGGCCGAAGCGCCGUCCGAGACAACGAACCGCCGCCGCCGCCACCGCCGGCCGCUCUCGCUCGAACAGAAAGAGCUCUGCCGACAGCGGUCCCGUGUCUACUACAUGGAGCACAAGGACCGGGUCCUCGCCAAGUCAAAAGCCCGCUACGAGUUCAACCGCGACGAAGAGCGCGCGCGCCGACGCGAGAUCUACGCGCUGAAAAAAGGCGCCAAAAAGAAACAGCCAUCGGCCACGGUCGUCGAGACGCCCGUGAAAUCCUCGAUCCAGUUCCUCCUCAACUGACUGCGUCGUCCAUCUAUGUCUGUUCAAGUAGUAAGAAGAAUGAAGAAGCUAGUGAGUCGAAUGAUUAUGUUAGUUCCGGUA